AUGCCCAAGGCCGCUGCUGCCCCUAAGCGUGGAGCUCGCGUCGAGAAGAAGCGCGCCAAGAAGGACCCCAACGCCCCCAAGCGUGGCCUCUCUGCCUACAUGUUCUUUGCCAACGAGCAGCGCGAGAACGUCCGUGAGGAGAACCCUGACGUGACGUUUGGACAGGUCGGCAAGAUCCUCGGUGAGCGCUGGAAGGCCCUCUCCGAGAAGCAGCGUGCCCCCUAUGAGGCCAAGGCUGCCGCCGAUAAGAAGCGCUACGAAGAUGAGAAGGCUGCCUACAACUCGGCUUAA